ACUCAUGCUUCUGAUAUUGCAUGUAAUAUAUUUGCCAAAUAAGCCUACGACACAAUGACACAAUGACAGUAAGAUAUCAUUUUAAAUUACGGAUAUACCCCCAAAUUGAAAUAGCAAUAGCAAAGAAAGAGAGCAUGCUUGCAGUGAUACUCUCGUAAUAACACUAAACUUUGGUGGCUGUUUGGUAACAUGGAUCGUACUUAAAACCUCCAAACACCGUUCUCUUUCUUGGCCAUCUUCAUCACCAUCAUCUCUCUUCUCACUCUCUCAUUUUCUUGGACAAGAUGAGAACCUCAAAGACUCAGACCACAAGAGGAAGAAGAAGCUGCGACAAGCUCAUCAGAAGUAGAAGAGCACAUGUGUCGUCAACUACGCGGGUUUUACGUACGUGCUGCGGAAAUGGUAGUAGGGACGGAGGGAAGAAGGUAACGGAGAAGCUCCUAGCGUUAAAGAGCCUUCUUCCUCCGCCGGCGAAUGUCAGCGGUGGAGAGACGGAUGAGCUGUUUAAAGAGACGGCGGAUUAUAUAGUCAGGCUAAGAACACAAGUCAUGGUGUUGAAGAAACUGAUUGAGAUUUACGACAACACCUCUGAUCAGAAGCUAGAUGUUGUUUUAUAAUGUUCAUUUAUAUUUUCAAUAUAUUUUUUUUAAUUUUAAAUUAUUUCAGCUUUUUCUUUUGUUAUAAUUAUUAUUUUGUGAUUCAGAAUGUUCUUAGGUGGUCGAUGUCUAUGACUAAAGAAAAGUAUUGAUUAUUGAUAAAUAACCUUCUUUUCUA